AUGAGUACAACAUACAGCAAUCCUGAAGAGAUUAUCACAGAAGAAGCCGAACUCUUAUCAGAGGCAACUGCUUAUCGGCGAUUCACUGAUGAGGAUGAAGAAGACGAAGACGAUGGCGAACAAACAGAUGUAAAUGAAGAAGCCCUAACCGAAGGUGAUGCUGAAGACCUAGGUGAAGAUGAAUUAUGGUUUAGUGAAGAAUUAACUAAACAUAAAUCCAUUCAUUGGUCAAAACGUCCUUCUAUUUUACAAAUUAAUGUCAUUUUAUUCCUUUUUACAUUUCUGUUACUGGUGUCCCUGGCUUCUGCUUUGGUAGUUAUCUUCCAAUUAUGUUGUAAUACCGUAUCCAAACAUGGUUUAUGUGAUCCAGUUGAAGCUCAAUUAUAUUUAGCCACUAUAAUUCAAUAUACAACUGCUGCAGGUGGGAUUUUACCUUUAUUAGUGUCAGCUAAAUUUGGUGAAAUGUCAGAUAGAUUUGGUAGAAAACCAAUGAUAAUUGUUAUUGUGGUAGGACUUUUACUUCAUAAAUUAAUCAACUAUUAUCUUUUUAUCACAUCAACUGUGUUUCCAUUUACUUCGUUUAUUGUUUUCCAAUUUUUAUUCUCGGCAGUAGGUGGGGUUGGAUCGUUAACAGCCAUUGCUCAAUCAUAUGUUUCAGAUGUGGCAGAAGCAACCAAAAGAACUCAAGCCAUGGCUUAUACCACCGCUGCUUUAACGGCUGGUCAAGCAGUUGGUCCAUUAUGUGGAACUUUUCUUUCUUCAUUAGUGAAAGUUGAUAAUAUGCAAAAUAUUGGUCCAACAAAAGUAGGUGCUGAUGCUACUUUUCUGAGAAAGCAAUUAUUACCUAUGCAAGUGGAAUUAGGUGUAUUAGCUUUAUUAUCGUUCACUGCGAUUUUUAUUCUUCCUGAAUCAAGAAGUGAAAAAGCUCUUAAUAAAUCAAGAGCUUCAUCUAUUGCUACAAUUGAUACCAAUGCUUUAAAUCAACUUCGUGCUUUAGAACAACCUUCAUUAUGGACCAAAAUGAACCGUUACUUAAAUUUAUUCAAACCUUUACUUUUAUUAACUUAUCCUUCCAGUAUUAUUCCUAUUCAUAAAAAACAUAUGGAAAAGAAAUAUAGAGUGAUUGUUAUUUUAAUGAUUAUAAGUUUAACGUUAUAUUCAUCUAUCUUUUUCGCCGUUGGUUCAAUAUUUGUGCAAUACGGUAUGCUUAGAUUUGACUGGGGAGCUGAAGAAAUUAGCUAUUUCAUAACUUCAUUAAGUAUUAGUACUUCCUUUGCUUUAAUAGUUGGUACUCCAUUUUUAAAUAAUACCAUCUUACAAAAAUGGUGUGGAUACAAAGUAUUAAAACAUCAACUUGAUUUAGUUGAUUUUUGGUCUAUAAUGUUUGGUAGAGUCGUGAGUUCCAUUGCAAAUUUAGGAUUAGUCUUCGCUACUAAUAAUCCUCAAUUCUUUAUCGCUGUUAUUGCUAUGACUUUUGCUCUGGCAGGUGAUACAGCAGGAACAACAGCCUUACUUAAAUUCUUCCCCAAUUCAAAAAUUGGUGAAUUCUUUGGUGCCAUGCAUAUGGUUGAAAGUUUUACAACAUUAAUUCUUCCAUUUAUCGUCAUGGCAUUAUAUAAAACAUUGAUUCAAAAUGGAGUACCACAGUUAAUUUUCUUGGUAAUAUUGGUUACAUCUUUUAUUUAUUUCGUUAUCCUUCUUUACAUUAAGAAAUCUUUACACUUAACUAGAGAUUCAAUUGAAGAAGAAGUAGAAUUAAGCAGAAGUAGUUCGGUGGUUUCGUUUUCAACUUAA